GGGGCGGGGCCAGGCCGGGGCACCCGGAGCCGGAGCGGAUCCCGCGGCCCGCGCCCCUCCGCGCCCCUCCGCGCCCCGCGCCCCCGACCCGCCGCCGCCGCCGCCGCCAUGGGCGCCUGCCUGGGCGCCUGCUCCCUGCUCAGCUGCGCCUCCUGCCUCUGUGGCUCUGCCCCCUGCAUCCUGUGUGGCUGCUGCCCCUCCAGCCGCAACUCCACCAUCAGCCGCCUCAUCUUCACGUUCUUCCUCUUCCUGGGGGUGCUGGUGUCCCUCAUCAUGCUGAGCCCUGGCGUGGAGAGCCAGCUCCACAAGCUGCCAUGGGUGUGUGAUGAGGGCCCCGGGAGCACCAUCAUCCUGCAGAGCCAUAUUGACUGUGGCUCCCUGCUCGGCCAUCGUGCCGUCUACCGCAUGUGCUUCGCUACAGCAGCCUUUUUCUUCCUCUUCACCUUGCUCAUGAUCUACGUGCGCAGCAGCCAGGACCCCCGGGCUGCCUUCCAGAACGGGUUUUGGUUCUUUAAGUUCCUGAUCUUUGUGGGCAUCACCGUGGGUGCCUUCUACAUCCCCGAUGGCUCCUUCUCCGACAUCUGGUUCUACUUCGGUGUCGUGGGCUCCUUCCUCUUCAUCCUCAUCCAGCUGGUGCUGCUCAUCGACUUUGCACACUCCUGGAACCAGCAGUGGCUGGGCAAGGCCGAGGAGUGCGACUCCCGCGCCUGGUACGCAGGCCUCUUCUUCUUCACCUUCCUCUUCUACUCGCUGUCUAUUGUGGCCGUGGCCCUGCUCUUCGUUUACUACACCGAGCCUGACGCCUGCUACGAGGGCAAGGUCUUCAUCAGCCUCAAUCUCACCCUCUGUAUCUGCAUCUCCAUCAUCUCCGUCCUGCCCAAGGUCCAGGACGCCCAGCCCAACUCGGGUCUGCUGCAGGCCUCGGCCGUCACGCUCUACACCAUGUUCGUCACCUGGUUGGCUCUGUCCAAUGUCCCCGACCAGAAAUGCAACCCCCACCUGCUGACAUACUUGGACAAUGAGACGAUCCUGGCAGGCCCUGAGGGCUAUGUGACCCAGUGGUGGGACGCACCGAGCAUCGUGGGUCUCAUCGUCUUCAUCCUGUGCACCUUGUUCAUCAGCGUGCGCUCCUCCAACCACCGGCAGGUGAACAGUCUGAUGCGGACGGAGGAGUGCCCGCCCAUCCUGGAGGGCGCGCAGGAGCACCAGGUGGCAGGCCAGGCCUUUGACAAUGAGCAGGACGGCGUCACCUACAGCUACUCCUUCUUCCACUUCUGCCUGGUGCUCGCCUCCCUGCACAUCAUGAUGACGCUCACCAAUUGGUACAGACCCGGUGAGACCCAGAAGAUGGUCAGCACCUGGACCGCCGUGUGGGUGAAGAUCUGUGCCAGCUGGGCCGGGCUGCUGCUCUACCUGUGGACCCUGGUGGCCCCCCUCCUCCUGCCCAGCCGGGACUUCAGCUGAGACAGCCCCCGCAGCCUGCCCACCUGGUGCCAGGCGGACCCUGCCCCGCUGCCAGCACUUGCCCCUGAGCCGAGUGCCUUACUCUCAGUGCCUCCAGGGAUGAGGAGCUCAGGCUCACACCUCUGCUACCCCAGACCAUGGGACUUCCUCUCCCUUCCCCCCCGCCCCUGAUCACCCAGACUCACCUUCUUGGGGGAAAAAGGGCCCUUUGUUCCCAGGCUCCCAAGGAGAGGGACCUGAGGAGAGAAAUGCCCAGAGCUGCCCAGAGGGCGGGAGCAUGCGCUAUGAUGGGAUGCCCAGCACUGAGGUGUUGGUAUUCCUGACCACACCCCCCGGGCGCCCCGUCACCCUCCUCGACUCCGUGCCUUACAGAGUCUCUAAGACUUUGCCCAAUAAAGAAGCCAGAGUGUGUGCCUCCCAUGUUCUCUGCCCCCUCACCCUCAGUGCAGUGCCCAUCCCAUCUGGGGUCAGGCUGGGGGCAGGGGAUGGAAGGUCAGGGCUGAGGGACCAGACCAAGAAGGGCCAGGCAGAGGGGCCUGGGCUGUGUCCUCGGGGUCACGGGGAGCCUGAGGGUGGGGGCUAUAGAGGAAGGAGGGGCUUUGAACACAGAGACUCUCGGGGUCAGGAAACAGGCCUGGAGCAGUGCCCACAUGAGGAGGCGUGGUGAGCCAGAAUCAGGGUGGAGCAGGGGCCGUGGGAGGUGGCUGAGAGGGCUGUCUUCAGGGCCAUACCAGUGUCUGUCCUGAGGUUCUGCCACCUCUAACCUGCCUCCAGGUCAUCACCAUCUCCCCUUCCUGCCAUAGUCUAGACCAGCGGUUGCCAACUGGUGGUCCGUGAGGUCCGAAAGGUUGGUGAGCGCUGGUCUAGACACCUGCUCUGGGCCAGGUGCCGUGGGGAAUGAGGAAGAGCAUGCUUGGGAGUGGCCGGGAUCCCGCUGAACCUCCAAGGCCACGGGGGAUGCCCCUGACCCCUGUGUGAUUCAAGGUCAAUUGUACUAAUAAGCUCGCUAUAGGGAUGAAAGCUCCUUGCUCCAGGCUGUGUGCACAGAACCAUUCAACAAA